AUGGCCGAUGGGUCAGGCAGGCGUCGUCUGUGGGUGUCGCUUAGCAUCGGAACGUCUUCCUCACGCCUGAUCAGGCCCGUCUUCCAAUGGGGGGAGAGGGGCGGGCGUGAAGGAGGGGAAUCUUGCGGUGAAGGAGGGGGAUCUUGCUUUUGGGACACCCAUCUAUCCCCACCUAGAUGCACAACGGCAGAUGGCGCAUCAGCAGCGGCCCUUGCAGCAGCGGUUUCAGGAAGUACCCUAAGGGCAUGUUUGCCGAGCUCGCAGCGCCUUCUCCCUCCUUCUUCUCUCGCACCCCCUCCUUAUCUCCGAAACAACCGUGAGCAACGUGCACUCAGUUUGGUGGUGUGUGAGCUGUGGUACAUAAGCUUCUCUCUUCCUGUUCGCCUCCAUCCUCCGGCCAUGCAGCGAACAGCUCCCAAGGACGACCUUCUCAAGCUCCGAAUCUCGACUCCCCGGGUAACUAUCGCUUGACGAAGUUCCCAUCAAGAAGGUCAGUUGAUACCAGGAUACACAAAGGCACAAACGCUGUGUUUAAGCCUAUUCUCUGUGUGUGCGUUUGGCGUGCGUGUGCUUCGUUUCCUCGCCAGGUGGUGA